UUAUUCUCACCGAUGACAUCAACGAAAUGUGUCAUGGAUGCGUGUAUAUUGGUUUGGGUGUAAGCUAACGCUGCAGCGAGCCACUGUCAGUGUAUCUCCCAACUUUAGCAGAGAGAGCUCGUGUAGUGAGUUAGCUGUAAUCAAUAGUCUUCACAUUUUGGGAACGCCCUUACAAAUUCAACAAUUAUGGCAGUUAGCAGGUUGUCCAUCAUCAAGUUUUUGGAACUGGCUAUUGCAGUCACAUGUAUUGGUCUGCACUACAAGAGCGAAGUCCCUGGCGACUUCAACACCAACACUCUUUCGGUGGCCGCUUUUGGCGGUUUUGUGAUCAUCCUUGUGGGCGGGUUUGCCGGCCAUUUAAUGUCGACUCCAAUUAACAGAAGGAUCGAUAUUUUCUUCUGUUUGGUUGGGUGUGCUACGUUUAUUGCGGCUGGGGCGAUGAAUAUCGAAUAUUUCAAGGAUGUCCGUAAAGGGGAGUACAGGGAUUAUGGUUUGGCGAAAGCUUCCUUGGCUAUUAUUGGAGGAGCUCUCUUCUUAGUCGACUCACUAUUGACCUGGCGUGGCGAUUUUUAAAUUUGAAAUGUGCGUUUUUAUACAGUAAUAUUUAUUUUUAUAUGGAUGUUUUAUGUACAAAAUAUUUCACAAGAUAAUUAUGCAUUGUUGAAUUUGAUACUAAGGAUGUGCCUGUAUUUAUAACUUAAAACGAACGAUUGUUAUUAAUUUGAGUCUGCAAGAUUUUAUAUUUGUAAAAGGACCAACAUUUAUACAAUAAAAACCUAGUCCUCAA